AAACAAAUAUUAAUCAUAUUCAAACCCCUACCCCGGCUGUCCCCCACGGCCUCUCUCUCUCUCUCUCUCUCUCUCUCUCGUCUUGACCAUGCAAAAGACGAUGGACCAUCCAGCGUCUUUCGUUGAUUCUUAUACGCGGAGGAAUGUGCGAAUGCUACUUGGGCGGGUCGCAUAACAAGCUCAUCUUUCCUUCUCUCUUCUCCUGCUUAAACCCUACUCAUUUCUCUUCGUCCGCCCACCCAAAGCCUCCUAAGUCUUACUCAAGACCCCGUUAUUGCAGCCUGCCAGGUCCAUUUGGUGGUCGCAGGGUGGUUAAUUGUGUUAAUGUGGAUGUGAAGGCAUCAGAAUUGGGGAAGCUAGAGGCUGGGAGAGUGACCAAGGAAGUGAUGGAGGCGGAGGGCAGAGUUCUGGUGGGUACAUAUGCGAGGUCCCCGGUGGUGCUCAGUAGUGGCAAGGGUUGUAAAUUGUAUGACUGUGAAGGGAAAGAGUACUUGGACAUGACUGCAGGGAUUGCAGUGAAUGCACUUGGACAUGGCGAUCCAGAUUGGCUGAGGGCAGUCACAGAGCAGGCAAAUGUGCUCACGCAUGUUAGCAACGUUUAUUAUUCAAUCCCUCAGGUGGAGCUUGCUAAACGCCUUAUUGCUUGUUCAUUUGCUGAUCGUGUCUUUUUCACAAAUUCUGGAACCGAAGCAAAUGAAGCUGCUAUUAAAUUUGCAAGAAAAUUCCAACGAUUUUCACAGCCUGAUGGGAAGCAGCUACCAACAGAGUUCAUUUCUUUUAAAAAUAGCUUCCAUGGAAGGACCAUGGGUGCUCUUGCCUUGACAAGCAAAGAGCAUUACAGAUCACCUUUUGAACCUAUCAUGCCUGGGGUUACCUUUUUGGAGUAUGGGAAUAUUAAAGCUGCUACAGAACUGAUACAGUGUGGCAAAAUUGCUGCAGUUUUUGUGGAACCCAUCCAAGGGGAAGGUGGUGUAUAUAGUGCCACAAAGGAAUUUUUGCAAUCCUUACGCACUGCUUGUGAUGAUGCUGGGUCUCUUCUAGUCUUCGAUGAGGUUCAAUGUGGCUUAGGCCGAACUGGUUGUCUAUGGGCACAUGAAGCAUAUGCUAUAUUGCCGGAUAUGAUGACACUUGCCAAGCCUCUUGCUGGAGGCCUACCCAUUGGAGCCGUACUAGUGACUGAAAGAGUUGCUGCUGCUAUAAAUUCUGGAGAUCAUGGGAGCACUUUUGCUGGCGGGCCCCUUGUCUGCAAUGCUGCCAUUGCUGUUCUUGACAAAAUCUCAAACCCAGCUUUUUUGGCCAGUGUCUCCGAAAAGGGUCAGUACUUAAAAGACAUGCUGACACGUAAACUGGGAGGAAACUCACAUGUGAGAAAAGUACGAGGGCGCGGGCUCAUUAUUGGGAUAGAACUGGAUGUUCCUGCUUCACCUCUUGUGGAUGCUUGUAGAAAAUCGGGUCUUUUAAUAUUAACUGCAGGAGAAGGAAACAUAGUCAGGCUUGUUCCUCCAUUGAUAAUUUCAGAACAGGAAUUGGACCAUGCAGUCGAGAUUUUGUCUGAAUGUUUGCCCGUACUUGACGAGAAUAAUUGAAACUGGUAGAAAGCAGAGUCAGUGCAUGGCUGUGCUAUACGUGUUUGAUAUUCUUUUAUGGGGUUUGUGUCAUGGAUGUUGUAAUCAUUAUAAGAUAACUAGAUAUAAUUUAAUUGAGAAACCCCAGCCGAAUAAUUAUGGAUUCCGUUC